AUGGUGCUUAUGGUGAGUGAAGACAGUGACACGUCUGACGUACCAGUGGCGCUCAUCGGUACCGGUUGCACAAGAUUUAUGCACGGCAAACACUUGCGGGAGCUGUUCGAGAAGAGGUGCCUGCAUCCCCGCGGCCUCGAGAUCAAGAUGACGGACCGCGCGAGGAGCUUCUCCUCGGCCUUCGGCAAGAGGCAGGAGGGGCGCGCGGUCGAGAUCCCGGUCGCCCUUAGCGGCCGCCGCGGGGUGAUCUUCAGCUCGGAGAUGGAGGACUGCGACGCCCCGCCCCUGGUCAGCCUGGCGUCGCAGGAGGCGCUGGGUGCCGUGCCCCACUUGAAGGAGAUGCGGAUGGAGCUGCAGACGCUCGCCGUGGACGUGCAGCUGCUCAAGGUGGGCGGUCACUUGGCAGUGCGACUUGAUGACUGGGGAGGCGAUGACGGUCACCGAUCGGCAGCAGCUUCGAGUUCAAGAUCAGCGACGGCGAUCUCGAAGAAUAGGGGCUCGGAGUUCUUCUACGCGCAGGCGCAGGAGGAGUCGGUCUUCGAGGAGUCCGACGGCGAGGAGAUCCGAGUCGAGGAGGAGGUUGGCCACGCAUUCCUGUCGAAGGGUCGCGGUGUGCUGGCCACCGACGCGACAGGGAUCCUCUCCAAGACGACUCGGAAGAAGCUCGAGUCCACCUGGCGUGAGCUUCGUGGAGAGGAUCGUCGACUACGGGAGGAGCUACUUCGACCGAGGUUCGAGGCGGAGCGUUUCGUGACCGCCGACUUCCAGACCACGGUGGUGUUCGAGCCGUUCGCAAAGGAGUACGGUUGGAUGCAGUCUCAGCCGCUGGAUGUGGACCACUCUCCCGACUAUGACCUGCUCAAGGGCCCUGGACGGGCCUUACUCUACCGGAUCCUCGACCUGCACUGGCCUUACAUCACAGUGUUGGCUUUUCCCUGUCAUCCGUGGUCUUUGAUGACCAACAUGAACAAGCUCAUCGACUGGGAUGAGCCGAUCAAGAAGCCGACGGGGUGGCUCACGAACAGCGCAGCGGUGGCGAACCAACUGAGCAAGCGUUGCGCCUGUCCGCCCGGCGCCCACCAGCAGCUACUCGGGAGGAACUCGGGCGGCUAUCGGGCGCAGCAGGCGGCGGCCUACCCCGUGGGCCUCGCGAAGGCCUUCUGUCGCGGCGUGCUCCAGCAGAUGCAGAUCGACUACCGCAGCUCGCUGGUCAUGGAUGCGGCCUUCCCGGACGCGCCGCCUGCCGAGGCGGCGGCGGAGGCCCCAGAGGCACCGGCCGAGGUGCCCGUGAGGCCCAGGCGCGGCCGAGCGCCUGCUCGCCGCGAGCGCGGAGUGCCUCCUGGCGGACGUCCGCUGGGCUUCCGCCGAGGACGGCGUACGCAGUACGGCGAGUUCGAGCUGCUGACGGUGGAGCUGUGCGCUGAGCUGGACACAUUUCGGAGUUGGCAUAGGAGGUUACUGGAGAAGAUGGGCGAGGAUAUCGAGACAAUCAUCUGGGGCUCGGACCUCUUCCUGGAGGAGCUGGGAGGAGUCAUCAGCGAGCCGCUGAAGAUGGUGAAGGCUAGACGCGGGGGUCAGCGGCUCCAGACAGCGCAGCCGCAGCUGCACGCCGCGGACGCCCCGCUCAGGAUGGCCACUACGCUCAAGGGCGACCAGCUCUUCAGGCUAGACUUCGAGGACUGGUCGCAACAGUCCCUGCAAGCACGACGGCGCUGGUUGCCACGACAUCUACUCGAGAACGACGUGGUGGUCUUCUACUUCGCGGGCUACGAGCGGGGCGACCUGCCCGAGGGGCCGGCCGCAGCACAGCAGCGGGACGCCUCACGGGAGAGGAAGCGACGUUGGGAGCUGUUGCCGAGAGCCGUCAAGAGGGCGAUCGAGAGGGCGCACGUGAAUCUCGGGCACCCCUCGCGGCCAGCGCUGCUCAGGGCGUUGCGCCUGGGCAAGGCAACGGCGCUGGCGCUGAAGGCAGCGAGGCUGUUUGUCUGUGAGAGCUGCCGGCGAGCGCAGCGACCCAGCAUCCCACGUCCGAGUCAGCUCCCGAGGGUCGACGAGUUUAACGUGCUGCUCGCGAUGGACUGCUUCGAGAACGUCAACAGCGCCGGCAACAACUGGGAGCUCCUUGGCAUCAUGUGUAUGGGGACGAACUUCCACGUGGUUUGCCUGCUGGAGGACACUCGCAAGAACCCCAAGGCCUCGGAGGUCAGGAAGUUCUACGAGCUCUGCUGGGUCUCCUGGGCUGGCCAGCCGGAGGAGGCGAUCAUGGUGGACCGCGCGCGGCCCUUCCUGGGCGAGUUCGCGGACUACCCGGAGCAGGAGGGCGUGCGCCUGGAUUCGGCCGCUCUGGCCUCGCCGUGGCACAUCGGCAAGAUGGAGCGCCACGACGGCAUCUGGAACUCGAUGCUCACGAGGGUGGCGCACGACAAGCAGGCGGCGGGCCUUGAGGAGAUGAGGACGGCAGUGACGGAGUGCAACAGGGCCAAGAACACGCUGGCCCGGCGGGUUGGUUUCAGCCCCUACCUCUGGGUCCUCGGCCGGGAUGUUCGCCUCCCGGCGAGCCUCGCGGACGACGCCGAGGUGGAGCGUGUGGGCGAGCAGGUGGCAGCUGCUACGCCGGGCUCGCGUUUUGCCCGCAAGGUGGAGAUCAGGGCCCAGUGCCGGAUGGCUUUCAUCCAGACCGACACGGAGGAUCGACUUCGACGAGCGGAGCUUCGACAGAUACGACCUACGAGAGGGCCGUUCGUUGUUGGCCAGUGGGUGCUUUUCUACGACCAAGCGCAGCCAGCCAAGCAUCGACCUGAGCAUCCAGACAACUGGCGAGGGCUGGCGCGCGUGAUCGGACAUGAGGGACGGCAUGGAGUGUGGCUUGCUUUCCGUGGCCUCACCGUGCUCGCGAGCCCGGAGCACCUGGCUGCAGCGACUGGCCACGAGAUCCACGCCUGGAGAUCGAUUGCGCAGGAGCAGGAGUUGGUGCACGACACGCCCGUCAGCGGCGGCAGCGGCUUCGUGGACCUGCGAGGCCGGCCCAAGCCCCCCGCCGCGGCGGGGCAGGAGCCCGCUGAGCAGGGCGACGAGAGCGGCAUGGACGUCGGGCCGCGGGCGGAGGUGCUGGAGGAGCCGCAGCCCGCCUCGGCUCCGCCUGAGCCGGAGGCGCCUCCGGCCCCGCCUGAGGCGGAGGCUCCCCGCGCGGCUCCAGCCGCGCCCGAGCCGCCCGUGGCGCCAGCCCCAGCUGUGGGGGCUGAGGACGUGCCCGUGCCGCCCGACCUGGACUUCGACGCGAUGGAGUUCGACGCGGCGAUGCAGGAGAUCAUGAGGGGCGACGGCGACGAUGACUGGCACCCCGACUCCCACGGGGAGCACACGGAGCCCGAGCCGGGGGCCUCUCGGCAUCGGCGUCCUGGGAGUCUCCUGGAGGAAGAGGAGACUGAGGAGCGCCGCGAGCGGGAGGCCAAGCGACGGCGCCUGCUGGACGAUGUCCCUGUCUCGAUCCGACAGGGGACUGCAGGAUCCAGCCUCUCGGCGCCUGUCGACUCGGCGAAGUUCGUGCUGGACAAUGACCUGGAUCAGUUCAUGGAGGCCGGCUUGGAGACGUACCAGCAGGGUGAGGCUUUCUUCGUCCAGGAGGGCAUUGGCAAGGAGGAGUUCAUCUUCGGGCUGAUGCGGAAUGAGUUCGAGCACGCUUUCCUGACGAAGAAGCCUGGGAGGAAGGAGAUCAAGCUCGGCAGCUUGCCUGAGGAGCAACGCCGGAUCUUCAUGGAUCGUGGUGGCAGCCGUGAUGCAGAGUGGCGAUCCUGGCAGGACUUUGACGCGGCUGAGCCGAUCCCGCCGGAUGAGAGCGAGGCGCUCCGCGCGGACAAGGCCAACAUCAUCAUCCCGAUGCGCUGGGUGGAUACCGACAAGAACGAGGGGAAGUAUGAUGAGGCCGGAGCCCCUCUGCCGCUGCUCGCGAAGAGCCGCCUGGUCGUGGUGGGCUUUCGCGACCCCUUGCUGGGUAUGUUCAGGCGGGACGCUCCCACUGCCUCACGGCUGGCGGAGGCGCUGCUCCUGACGCUGGCGCGCGUGGACGGGCAGCUGAAGGGCAUCGCGGUCUCGCACGUUGACGACGUGCUGGUGGCGAGGAUGAAGGACAUGCAGCUGUCGGACCUCUUGCCGAAGGUCCUGGGUACGUUCCAGUGGAAGUGGAGCGAGCUGCCCUUCACCUUCCGCGGCCGUGAGCGUUCAAGUGAUCCGAGAGGUUUUCUGGUUAAGAUGGUGAACUACGCAACUUCCCUCAAGCCGAUCAAGAUCCCAGCAGGACGAAGGAAGCAGUUGCAGGAGGACGUGAACGAGGAUGAGGCGAAGGAACUGCUGAGGGUAUCUGGUGAGAUCGGCUGGCUAGGUCGACAGUGCCGACUCGACCUGGCCUUCCUCUCGGGCGAGCUGCAGAGGGCCCGAGCGGCCCCGUGUGUGGCGGACCUGGUGAAGGCGAACCUGGCGGUGUCUGAGGCCAAGAAGGGCGCUGAGGUCGCGCUGGUCUACCCGGCCAACUUGAGGCUGUCCAGCGCUGUGAUCGGCGCGGCUGUGGACGCGGGUCACGCGAACGGCCCGGAGCACGACGACAUCGAGCGCUACAAGAGCUGCGGUGGCCACGUGGUGCUCCUCACGACCGACGGCAUCCUGGCCGGACACCAAGCACCGGUGGCAGUGCUGGACUGGAAGAGUGGCAUGACGCAGCGUGUGUGCCGCUCAACCUUGGCGGCGGAGGCCAGUCACCUGGCAGACGCAGUGGAGGCCGUCGACUGGGCGGCAGUGCUGUUCAGAGAGGCUACGAAUGUCUCGGUGGAUUUGCUCAACUGGCAGGGGGAGGUGCAGCGGCUUCCCCGCUUUUGGGCAACAGACGCAAAGUCCGUCUACGACCACCUCACGAAGGAGGGCUCGGCUAAGAGCAAGGACAAGAGGAUGGCGAUCGAGGGCGCCUUGCUCAGAGAGGUGCUGCGCUGCGAGAACACCCACCUCAGGUGGAUCGACGGCUCGCAGGACAUCGCAGAUGUGCUGACGAAGCUUGGGGUGGACAAGGUCUACCUCUACAAGGUGCUGCGGGAGGCCAAGUGGAGCCUGGUGCAGGACCCGGCGGCGGCGGCGAUCAAUAUGAAGAAGAGUAUGCAACGUGCUAGCCGCAAGACCGCCAUCGACACUAAGAAGACGGAGAAGAGGCAGCAGGACACAAACUCGUGA